CAGGCAAGCAACUCGAGUACUUGUCAUCUCCUCCUCUCCCUUCCUGCUGUGAAGAGGGAUCAAGUGCUCAUUAGCAAGCUAGAGAUAGGAAUCCUUUAUUAAUCUAGGCUCCUGACCUACAACCUCCGAUCCUCAUCCCCGUCGUAAUCUCUCAUAUAUACCGAAGCUAAGAUCACCAAUGGCGGGCCUGUCUCUUCAGCAUCCCUUGGCUUUCUCCUUUGGCAUCCUAGGCAACAUCAUCUCCUUCAUGACCUACCUGGCCCCACUGCCGACGUUCUACCGGAUCUACAAGAGCAAGUCGACUGAAGGUUUCCAGUCGGUGCCGUACGUGGUGUCGCUGUUCAGCGCGAUGCUGUGGAUCUACUACGCGCUGCUCAAGUCCGACGAGUGCCUGCUCAUCACCAUCAACUCCGCCGGCUGCGUCAUCGAGACCCUCUACAUCGUCAUCUACCUCGCCUACGCGCCCAAGAAGGCCAAGCUGUUCACGGCCAAGAUCCUGCUGCUCCUGAACGUUGGCGUGUUCGGGCUCAUCCUCCUCCUCACGCUGCUCCUCUCCGCCGGCCAGCACCGCGUCAUCAUCCUCGGCUGGGUCUGCGUCGGCUUCUCCGUCAGCGUCUUCGUUGCGCCGCUCAGCAUCAUCCGUCAGGUAGUGCGCACGAGGAGCGUGGAGUUCAUGCCCUUCUCGCUCUCCCUCUCCCUCACCGUCAGCGCCGUCGUCUGGUUCCUCUACGGCCUGCUCAUCAAGGACAAAUACGUCGCCCUACCGAACGUGCUGGGGUUCAUCUUCGGCGUCAUCCAGAUGGGCCUCUACGCGAUCUACCGCAACGCGACGCCGAGGGUGCCAGCCAAGGAGGUGGCCGACGACGACAAGGAGGACAUGGUCGUCAAGGUACCCGAGCACGUUGUGACCAUUGCCAAGCUGGGCGAGCCGGCCGUGGAGCUCAAGACCCACGAGGUGCGUCCUGCCAUGGCCACGCCCACGGCGGAUGCCGGGCCGGAGAACGACAAGGCUGUGGCCAACAAGCAGGAGAACGGCACGGUGCCGGGCAAGGGAAGCAACACUGACCAAGUUUAGAUUCAUCAUGAGUAUCUCCUGGUCAUAAGUAAGGCUGCACGCUGCGCAUGUACCACGCGAAGUGGCUGAGCUGUCCGUGAACGCAGACUUGUGCAGAUGUAUGUGAGCUAUGAAAAGGUGCAGUGGGAGAAUGAGAGGAGGGGAAGAUCUCGGGGUCGUAGUUCGCAUCUGCUGCCGCAGUUUGAUUUAAUUUCAUUCUCGUGCAUGUAUUAAUAAUAUUUAGCAUAUGUUCUUGUAAUAGUCCUCUGGUUGUGGAAGUGAAGCGUUUCUUUUUCUUCUCA